CUUUUUCUUUCCUAAUCAGAAAGAAGGAACAUCUACCAAGAGCAUUCUCAGGCAUUUACUUCUACGGCUCACUCCUCUGAUAAAGACGGGGUGAGAGUGCUUCAGUUUCAUUUAUCUUCAUUGACGGAAAGGUCAAGAAAAUUUGGACGGUUCACUCGAAAAAUGGGAUCUUAAUCGGUUCUGCUUGUUGCACGUCAGAUUGCGAGUCGAAAGUAACAAAUAAGUUGAAUCGGUAACUCUUAACGUCUUGGACUACAGAAGAAAGUGUAACUGGAGCUCUGAGGGUCUCUGGGCAAAAUUUCUGACAAAAAUUUCUCAUGCAUCUCAAAUAACUCCUCGUGAAUGUGUAUUAUCAAUAUAAAACUCUUGGUUAUAUUUUGAGAAGAUAUAUCAGGGUUCAUCCUGUACAUGGUGUGAGUGCAAGCUUCCUGCUGCGUUUCACUGCCACUGACUGAAGGAUGUAGCUGACAGGCGAGCCACCGCUAAGAAGUGUCCACUGUGUGUGUUUUUUUUUGUUGUUGCCACUCAGAGCAGUUAAGGUAUGGGAAACGGAGAUGAAGAACAGAAGAUCAAUGUUGGAAACGACGAUGAGAUGACGAUAGUGGGAUUCCGGCGGUCGUACCCCAAGACUAUCCUCACAUGGUUUGGAGUCUUGCUGACCGCCGGCUUUCUUCUCGUUCCUAUGUCUUGGAAGAAGACAAUCCUCAUGAAACUCACACACAACAGAUGUCCCAUAGAAGAUGCAGAGAAAGUUCUACUCAUAGACAUGUACGACCAACAAUUCGUCGAAAUUAUAGUGAGGCCGUCUAGCAAAACACUUCCCUCCAAACAGCAUACGUACUUUUAUAACAAAAAGAUCAAAUACAUAUGGGAUCCUCAACAAUCCAAGUUUAUCAAAGUAGAGGGACUAGAAAUCAGAAAUUGUUCCAACUUUCACAGUCUCUUCGAUGGGCUGAGCACGACGGAGGCUGUCUUUAGGUUGCAACACUACGGAAAAAAUUCAAUUUUUAUUGAAGUUCAACCUAUUUGUAAAUUGGUGCUUAACGAGAUCAAAAGUCCAUUCUACAUCUACCAGAUGUUCAUUGUAGUUGUAUGGAUGGUACAAAUAUACUAUCAGUUUGCCUUGUGCAUUGUUGCCUUGUCUAUGAUGUCCAUUACAGCGACUGUCUGGGAGACCCGAAAGCAAAGUAAAGCUUUAAGAGACGCUGUGCACACGGAAGCUAUAGUGACUGUUUUACGGGAUGGAAAAGAGGUUCAAAAGCCAUCGGAAGAUCUUGUGCCAGGUGAUGUGAUAAUGCUUCCACAGUCACAGUUCAUCAUGGUGUGCGAUGCGGUCCUUUUGUCUGGAAAUUGCGUUGUCAACGAAAGCAUGCUUACAGGUGAGAGCACUCCUAUCACCAAGGUUCCAGUACCAAAUGACGCAAACACAAGAUUCAAUCCCAACACUAACAAGAGGAACGUGCUUUUUUGCGGUACUCAAGUGAUGAACAGCAGAAGCAUUGAUGGGACGCCUGUCAAAGCCGUAGUCUAUAGAACAGGAUUCUCGACUUCAAAAGGAGAACUUGUGAGGGCUAUUCUUUUUCCGAAACCAAUUAAUUUCAAGCUUUAUUCCGAGCUCUUCAAGUGCAUGGUUUUAUUCUUUGUCAUUGGAAUUCCUCCACUUAUUUAUACCACAAUCAUAUGGAUUCAAUUAAAAGCAUACACAGUGGACGUUAUCAUCAUAGUAGUGGACGUUCUUACUUUCUUGGUACCACCCGUCCUACCAGCUGUUCUGACCAGCAUCAACGCGCAUGCUCAACGCAGGCUCAGGAAGCAUGGAAUAUAUUGUCUCAAUUCCAGAUAUAUUAAUUUCUGUGGUGGAUUAGACGUAGUGUGCUUCGACAAGACAGGAACACUCACUGAAGAAGGCUUGGAUAUCUCAGGUGUCGUGCCUAUCGAUGACGGAAGAUUUGAACGAGCAGUGAAGCACCUCAACCAUUUACCGAACAGCCCACUCAUGAAAGCAAUGGCCACUUGCCAUUCCUUGACAAAAGUCGAGGGUAAACUACUAGGACACACUUUAGAUGUAAAGAUAUUUGAAGCAAUUGGAUGGGAUCUUGAAGAACCGUCUUUCGGUGAUCGAGUGCCUUUUGAGAAAGUGCCUCCUCGAAUUGUAUAUCCAAGGAGCUCAGAAUUUUCUAAUCAGCCAGCUUCUGCAAUCGCCGUAGUGAGGCAGUUUCCGUUCGAGUCUCUUCUCAGACGUAUGAGUGUGGUGGCCAAAUCACAAGAUAGCAAUCAUUUCGAAGUGUUCCUCAAAGGAGCUCCUGAACUCGUCUGUUCUCUCAGCAAAAAUGAUACAGUCCCUGAAAAUUUCAAGGAAGUUCUCGAAUUCUACACUAGGCAAGGUUUCCGUGUGAUUGGUGUCGGAUCUAGGCAUCUGGAUCCCCAAAUCACAUGGGAUGAAGUACUAAAAAUGCCCAGAGAAGAAUUGGAACGCGAUUUGGAGUUUCAAGGUCUGGUGGUCUUGCAAAAUCGUUUGAAGCCAGAGACUAUUCCCACUCUCAAAGUACUAAGAGACGCUGAUAUAAGAACUGUCAUGGUAACAGGUGACAAUCUUCUGACGGCCAUCACUGUAGCCCGCGAGUGUGGCAUGGUGGAUGAGUUAGAUUCGGUCAUCUCUGUUGAAGCUCGACUUAUUGCUGCAGAUCCUACUGUUCCCGGAUCAAAACUUAGACUCCAGGUGCACUAUGAUUACGCCAAACUGCCUGGAUUCAGCGAAAAGCUCAACAUUGGUCAAAACGGUAUGGUCGACGAUAUCUGUGUGACUGUCGGAGAUGGUAGAUACCAUAUAGCAAUGGAAGGAACAACUUUUAAUCUCAUACGUUUACAUGACUCACAGCUGUUGAGAAAAGUCGUAUUAAAGGGCACAAUUUUUGCUCGAAUGUUACCUGAACAUAAACUUUAUCUUAUAGAAACUCUUCAAAACCUUGGGUAUCAAGUGGGUAUGUGCGGAGAUGGGGCUAACGAUUGCGGGGCUCUGAAGACAGCCCACGCUGGCGUAUCUUUAUCGGUUGCAGAAGCUUCUGUUGCCUCUCCUUUCACAUCGACGCAGCAGAACAUUCAGUGCAUUCCUGAAGUUAUCAAAGAAGGACGAGCAACACUGGCAGCUACGUUUGGAGCUUUCCGAUACAUGGUGUGCUAUUGUUUCGUUUUGCUCUCCGCUGUGCUUAUGUUAUUCUGGGACGGUCAGAAGCCUUCAGAUGGUGGUUACGUGGUGAUCGACAUAGUAUUGAAUCUUUUACCUCCCAUAAUUUUUGGUAGCACCCAUGCUUAUCCAGGUUUAGUGAAAAGGCCACCUACUAGAAGUAUCAUCAGCUUUUUACCUCAAUUCUCCAUGUUCUCUUUCAUGUUCAUUCAGAUCGGGGUGUAUGUUUUGGCUUACGAAUAUUGUCUCAUGCAACCUUGGUAUGAGCCGUUCAUUUAUGAUAAGGACAAGACCCAUUACCCGGCAGCCUCUCAUUCCGGCACGGCCAUCAUUAGUGUUAACAUGAUGUCGUAUGUGAUUGCUGCCACCAUUUUUGCACCAGGACCACCUUAUAGGAAGAGCUUCUUCUCGAAUAAACUUUAUUGUACUGUGAUCGUGCUGGAAUUCCUACUCGUAUCAUACCUGACAAUAUAUCCUGCUGAUGCCAUAGCCGGUUUCAUCAAUUUCAAAAGAGCACCCUUCAUUGAGUAUCACAUGAUCCUUUAUGCUUUAUCGUUGGCCAAUUUUAUUAUCUGUUUCCUAUGGGAGGUUUACUUCAUUCAAGGAUUUUUGUUUGAAUAUGUCGUUCCUGCGCUACGCCGUUUGAAAGGACCGAUACACAAGUACGAAAAACUGGAACUUGAAUUAGCUUCCAGUGUCAAAUGGCCUCCUGUUGGUAGAUACGAAAUCACUAAUGUGAGAGAUGAUUUCAAUGACGAAGAUGCCGAUAUUGCCGUCUCCAGUCGUCGCUCUAGUCGUCGACAAGAAUGGAUGAGACGCAGCAGCGAGCUCAGGCACUCAAUGCUGGUCGGCCUGAAACUAGCUAAGGCAGAUUCACUGGAAGAAGAGCCUGAAGAGACAGUUUCUUUUGUCACUUUCAGAGAAGGCAGAUCUAGGGUGAGGACGGGGACAUCUAUCAAUAGUGACCAGAAUUUUGUUUAGUACGAAAUCAUUAGUGGAUUUUCUCAUAUUUCAAGGGUUACAGGUGAAUCGCAGACGCUAAGAACUGUUAACAUAAAGUUUAGGCGUAAACAUAAGAAAUGCUGUUCAUAGUACUUUGAAACCAUCCAUUGGGACUCUUAUUUAAUGGAUACAGAUGACAGAAUCUGAGAGACUUUAUAUAAAUAUAUAUCAAUGGUAUGGUUUGAAGUGGUGACAAUGGAUUAAUAAUUUAGAAAAGAUAUUUGUUACAAUCAUUCGGAUAUGAUAUGAAUCAAAUGUCACCUGUUUGCAUGAACAAAUCAGCUUUCAUUUUGAACCUAUUAAUAAUUUUAUUCUUAAUGCAUUCCUACUUUUAUCUGCAUAUUGAAUCAGUACAUAGGAUGAACAAUUUUUUUGAUGAAUUAAAUGGCAUUUGCUUUUUUGUCACUAUUCACAGGAAAAUUAUAGAUUGGAUCAUUUAACUCAAAUAAAUUAUUAAUUUAAGCCACAUUAUAUUAGACUGUAUCAUAUUUCAUUUAAAUAAUUAAAAGCAAAAUUGAUAACAAAUAACUUUAUGAGAAUUUCAUAUUUGAAAUAACACUGUAAUAAUUAAUAUUUAUCAAAACUUUCUGGAAUAUUAAUUUUUUAUUUCAAAAAUAUUUAAUAAAUAUCUAAGCAUAAAUUUUUUACAGAAAAAAGCAUACAAACAAGGAUGUGUAUUUAUUGAAACUUCUUUUUGUUAUUUGAUUCUUAUAUCGAUUUUUUUUCCUUUUUUCAAUAAUACAAUAUUUUUUGCUGAAUUUCUAAUUAAAUUUUUAUGUAGUUGUCAAAACACCUUUCUUUGCGUUUAAGAAUUAGAAUUUUGAAGGACAAACCUGUCUAAUAGCGUAAUGUACUUCCACGUAAUAGUACCAACAUGAAUAUGAAUGAUCAGGUGUCCAGUAAAAGCAAAUCCUUACCGUAUAAAAUUCAUUGUAAGUAAAUGAAUUAUUUACAAGUCGUAGAAAAAUAUAGGGUUUUGAUGGUUCAAAUGAAUAUAAUCUGGACGUUACUAAGCUUGUCCAAAAAUAUACACAUUUAUUUCAAUCUGACAUGUGCACUGGGAGGUGUAACUAUUAGAACUGAAGCACUCGUGAUGAAAGCAUUUACUAUUUAUUCAUUUGUUUGUGGAACAUUUACAGUAAUAUGGAGUAAAGUAAUUUUUUUCCAUCGACAUGUGUUAGAUAAUCGUCAAGGAGAGCAAAUUACAGCUCUGGAUACUCAUAAUGCCUAUUCACAUUUUGUUUUAUUGCAACUUUAAAAAUAUUUGUUUUAUAAGCGAGAAGGAACAAAGUAAUAUUUGAAUGAAAAUGUAAAGUCAUGAGACUUUGAAAAUAAAGUCGUAUUAUCUAGAAUGACUUCUGAUUUUAUAAAUCAUGUUUUAAAUUAGAAAUCUGCAAAAUAAAAAUAAUUAAAAAAAUAAAUUAAAAUAAAUUACAGAGAAAGAAACCAUGUCUUUUAUAUUUGUUUUUUAUCCAAACUUGAAACAAAAGUUGUUGAAAUCU